UCACUCUCUCAGUCUCACAGUGAGUGAAUCAGUGAACCCUAGCCCAGUAGAAGUCUGAACCCUAGCGGCCCAGUCGCCCUCCAUCGUCGCCGCGGUCGCGGGUUGUCAGCGCCACCGCCGUCGCCUGGUCCUGCCGCCCCAGUAGCCCUCCAUCGUCGCCUGGUUCCCUGCCCAGUAGCCCUCCAUCUCCAUCGUCUUCAUCUUCUCAACACCAGUAGCCCUCUCAACGUCUUCAUCGUCGCGUGGUCCUCAACACUAGUAGCCCUCCAUCGAUCCCAGAUUUUGACACAGAAGCUAAACCACCUGCGUUUUUAAGGUAAAACGCUCUUCUUCAAUCUUCAAGUAUACACUAGCACUAUCUUCGCUGUUGGCUCCUCAAAACAGUGAGUUCGUGCUUCCUCCAAGAUAAGGUGAGCUUCAAAAUCUCCUUUUUCGGUUUUCUUUUUUUUUUCUUAAUGAUUGGAAAAUAGGUUCCUUUUGUAGUUGAAUUUGAGUUGUUUUCUUCGGUGCUAUUUGUGCUGUUCACAUGACUUUUUUGGUGUAUUGUUAAGCACCUAACCCAGCUAAAUGUGUUGUUUUAUUUAUAUAUUCUGUCAAUUUUAUUGAAGGUUUUUGCAUUUCCUUGCUAUUAGGAAGCUCAUAAAGGAUUCACGUUUAUGUGCUUAUUGAUUGGCGUUAAUAAAAUUAGGAACUGGGAAAGACAAGAUUUUGUUGUUGUUGGGUUGCAUGCUCAAAACCUGGUUGUGUUUUGGUUUGAUUUUCUUUUUGUUUGGAUGACAAGGUGAAAAAGUAUGGAAGGGUUAUUGAAUUCUAUGUUUCACCAAAGUUGUUUGAAACCCUUUGGUUUCACUCCAAGGCUUGGUUGUGGUUGCACUUUCCCUGUGAUCACAAGAACCUGGUAUUUGAAUAGGAAACCUAAGCCGUUUAUGUUGAGAAGUGAUUGCACUAGAUUAGGUAGAGACACCGGUACUGGCUCCAGGGAAGCUAGCAUUGCUGCAGUGAAGGAUAAUGAUGAUAGAGUUGAGGAAUCUGAUGUGGAUUGGGAAUCGGAGUUCAUCGGGGAACUUGAUCCGUUUGGUUACCGGGCUCCCAAGAAGAGGGUGAAAGAGCAGAAGUCUAAGCUGCUUGAAGACACUGAUGGAAUGGAUUGGUGUGUGAGGGCAAGGAAGAUGGCAGUUAGGUCGAUUGAAGCAAGGGGCAUGGCUCAAAUGAUGGAGGAUUUGGUUGCCUCCAAGAAGAAAAAGAAAAGGGCUAAGAAGAAAGUUGAAACCAAGAAGAAGAUUGUUGAGAAAUUUGAGCAUAUAGAUGAUCUUGAUGUUGAUUAUACCUCCGAGGAAGACUUCAUGCUGCUGGAGAAUCCAGAAACAAUCGAUGAUGUUGGUGUUUUGGAAAGGAAGGUGCGUUCGCUGGCCGAUGGAAUGUUUUUAGAGAGGAAGGAGAAAAGCAUGGAAGAGUUUGUAAAUAAGCUAUCCCAAUUCUCUGGGCCUUCUGAUCAUCGGAAAGAAAUCAAUUUGAAUAAAGCAAUUGUAGAAGCACAGACUGCAGAGGAUGUAUUGGAUGUUACUGCUGAGACAAUUGUUGCAGUUGCAAAAGGUCUAAGCCCCUCGCCUCUUUCCCCUUUGAACAUUGCUACUGCCCUUCAUCGCAUUGCUAAGAAUAUGGAGAAAGUUUCUAUGAUCACAACUCGAAGGCUGGCUUUCGCCCGACAAAAAGAGAUGUCUAUGCUUGUGGGGAUUGCAAUGACAGCCUUACCUGAAUGCUCGGCACAAGGAAUCUCUAAUAUAUCUUGGGCAUUAUCCAAAAUUGGAGGCGAACUGCUAUAUUUUUCAGAGAUGGAUAGGAUUGCGGAGGUCGCAAUGACCAAGGUUGGGGAAUUCAACUCUCAAAAUGUUGCUAAUAUCGCAGGUGCUUUUGCCUCAAUGCAACACUCUGCUCCUGAACUUUUUUCAGAGUUGUCGAAGAGGGCUUCUGAUAUAAUUCACACCUUCCAAGAGCAAGAACUAGCACAGCUUUUGUGGGCUUUUGCGUCUCUAUAUGAGCCUGCUGACAUUGUAUUUGAUUCUUUAGACAGUGUCUUUGCUGAUCAUUGCCAACUGAAAGCUCGCAAUGGUGAAAACACACCAAAUAAUUAUGGUCAAAUCAGUGUCAAUAGAAGUGGUGCCUCAAAUGUAUCUCUUGAUUUUCCUACACUCACUUUAAGUAGGGAUCAGCUUGGAACUAUAGCUUGGUCCUAUGCUGUCUUCGGACAAUUGGAUAGGAGUUUCUUCUCGCAUAUCUGGAAAACCCUAAGCCACUAUGAGGAGCAAAGGAUUUCAGAGCUAUAUAGAGAGGAUAUCAUGUUCGCUUCUCAAGUUCAUCUUGUAAACCAGUGCUUGAAGCUUGAAUUCCCCCAUCUUCAGUUAUCAUUAUCCCAUGAGCUUGACGAAAAAGUUGCUAGUGCCUGUAGAACUAAAAGGUUUAAUCAGAAGAUAACAUCAUUGUUUCAGAAAGAUGUUGGGCGUCUUCUUGUUAAUACUGGCCUUAAUUGGGUCAAAGAAUAUGUUGUGGAUGGGUACACAUUGGAUGCUGUGAUAAUUGAUAAGAAACUAGCUUUGGAGAUUGACGGUCCAACUCAUUUCUCUAGAAAUAUUGGUGUGCCUUUGGGACAUACCAUGCUAAAACGUCGAUACAUUACUGCUGCUGGGUGGAAAGUUGUAUCACUAUGCUAUCAAGAGUGGGAGGAACUUGAAGGAUCAUCCCAACAAUUGGAGUACCUUAGAAGCAUUCUCAAAGAUCACUUAAACGAAGGAAAUGCCAACACUACAUUGACCGAGGUAAAGUGAAUAAUUGAUCAUCAAAUGUUCUUCACUUCUUUUUGAAGCAUUAGGAAGAUAUACAAAACUUAGACUGAUCAUGUUUCCUGUUGAGAAAUUAGUAUAGGGGAUGUAUAUUUGCCAGAAAUAUUAAAUCUCAAAAGCAUAUAAAUGCCAUAAUUCUUUUUCCCCAUUGUUAAUUUACAUUUAAGAUUUAUUUUUCUAUUCAAUAAAAGAGAAUUGGGCAGAAAUAGUACUAAGGAUAGAUGCUCCAAUAACAUGUUUGAGGGACUAAUAAAAGUAAUGUAUGGUGAAUCUCAAAGAAUGCUAAGCGUAGACACUUGGUUACUCGUAUGUUAUCUACUAUUGAAUAGAGUGUGGAUCUAAUUCAAGCGGGGUCAACAUCUCAUCCAAUGGUGGAUAUAGUGUCGAAAUCAAGAGACUAUUCAACACCCUAUCUUACACACGUAUGAUCAUGUAUGGAGUGACAUUAUCAAAACAAAAAUGCUAUUUGUACACCAAAAUCAGCCACUAAAAUCAGCCACCAAUGUAUUUAUGUA